CAGCUCAAUAUUAACCUUCCCAUAAAUAGCACCUUUUGCAAGGUGAGAUGUGUCAGAUUCCCCACAUCUCUCGUCAUGAUGCCGGUCAUUAUAUCAGCUCUACCGAUCGCAGUUCUCUGGCUGGCAUAUAUUAGCGGUGUUUCUUCCGAUUGCUGCACUUCCAUGGCGAUACUAGACUUUAAGAUCCGCGGUGGUGUCUGUGGUACAGUGGGGGCCAAAAGUAAUGGCAGUGGCUGCAGAAUCACCAUUUGCGCCAAUGGCGAGGCCCUCGUGGGAACUUACUGUGGCAAGGCAGCGUGUGAUAUUUUUGGAUGCGAUUGCAUCAAAGGCUGCCUGCAAGGUAAUUGGGCCCAAGAUUUUUUGAGAAAAAACUAUUUACUUGGCAUCGAACUAUUGGGCACUAAAAUGACCAACGUGUGUGCAUUAUGUAAGUUUCUUAUUGACAAUGGAAUCAGGAAGUUACAAUUUUCUUAAGUUUUAAAUAAAAGGGAUUCUUCUUUGCUGUAUGAAAACAUUUUUUUGGAAUGUAAUAUUGUGGAAUGGUGACAGGAAAUCAGUUAGGCA